UUAUCAUCAAAAUUGAUGUUUUCUUCCGUCUGUUUAUCAUUCAAUUAGUGUGAUCACUCGUUUACUUGAUUUAGGAAAGUAUAAUUGCUCAAUUAGUAAUCCACUGUUUAUAUUUGAUAUGUCUUCUCGUGGAUUAUCAGAAACGAAUAAAUUAAAAAACAUUUUAGAACAACAGUUGGACCGUCUUGUAGCACAGUUAGCUGAUUUGGAAGAAUGCAAAGAUCAGUUGGACACUGAUGAAUAUGAAGAAACCAAGGCAGAAACUGUGGACCAGCUACGACAAUUUAAUGCAUCUCUCAGCAGAAUAAUAUCUGGCAAUAUGACAUUAGUUGAUGAACUUGGAAGUAUGCAAUUGGCAAUACAAGCAGCUAUCAGCAACGCUUUUCAAACUCCAGAAGUCAUUCGAAUGUUUGCAAAGAAACAACCUGGCCAGCUUCGGGACAAACUAACAGAAUUGCAGCAGGAAGCCAAAUUAGGGAAAAUAUCUGAAGGCACUCUUAAUGAACAAAAAAUAGAAAUAUUAUUUGCACUGAAAAAAUUAGGAGAAGAUUUAAGUUCUGGUGAAUUGGAUUUCCUUCAGCGUUACUCCACCGCUACUAUGCGUGAGUUUGAACAACUGUCAAGUGAAACAGGCACAAGUGAAAAAGUUUUAGAAGCUGUAUCGUCUCAGUUGAAAAAUUUGUGAAUUCACCAAUGAGAUGUUUACAAACUGCUAACAACCUGUUGGUUUUCUAAGUUUUUUUUUUUUUUUAACCUUUUAAAUUUUAAUAUGCUACAAUUGAAUUUUGAGAUGAUGUUAAUAAAACUGUUAUAUAAUAUUUUUAAAUCAUCUCCAAUAAGUGCCUUCUGCAAUAGUCUUAUCUUUUGAAAAGCAUUUUUUACCCUGCCUAUUUUCAUAAAUACUUGCCAUUUCAAAUGCUCUUAGAAGUUGUAUUUUUUUUUUUUUAUGAAAACACAUUAUCUGUUGCAUUUUUAUGGUAGCAAUGGUUUUUUCAGUGGUACCCAACCUACAACCAGCAGACCAUGUGAGACCCACAAAGCUGCUCCCUGUUGCCCAUUGUUAUAGUCAAUGUUACAGGUGAAAAAGUAUGUUCCGGAACCAAGCCCGAAACUAUAAAAUUUGGGCUCCCCUGCAACAAAAUCUGUAGGUCCCCUCUCCAGAGGCCAGCAGUGUAAAUUUGCAAUGUUAAGCCAUGCUACUAGUUUUUUCAACUUUUUUGUUCAAUUUCUUGAACUCUUAAUCCUUUUAAAGACGUGCACCCCCCCCCCCCCCCCCACCUCUCACACAGUGGGUUCUGGAUAUGCAGAUCUAGGCUCGUAUAGAACCUUUCAAGACAGCCAACCAUCGUUUUUUGGUUUUAAGAAUGAUUACUGCAACAUAGAAUAAUCAUGUUGAAACGAUAACACAGCAAUUCUUUGUUAGUAUUUUUCUUUUGUUUCCUGUGUUAGUUCGAAAAAAUGUAUAUUUUAAUAUGUGAUAUGUUCUGACUUGCAAGAUUCAUCUUAAUAUGACUUGUGACCCUCAGAUAAAAACUACCAUGUAGUGAACAUCAUGAAACUUUCUUCUGUAUUAUGAAUUCUUGGAUCUAACAUAUAACUGCUCAUGUAAUUGCUACAACAUUCAUGAAAAUGGUGAAAACAUGAAGAUUAUGAUAAAUGGGAAAUUGAUGAUCUUAGUUUAGCGUUUUAAUUUUUGGCACCAAUGCCUGUGCAAAGAAUGUUUCUCCUUUGCAUACAUAAACAAAUAUUAUAAAAUAUCUAUUUGCAUUGAGUUACCAUAAAACAACAAGGUUAUCAAAACAAUACUUCUCACACAAAAAUUCGACAACUGUGCAAACUUCCCAAUUAUCAAAAUAUCCCCUCAAAAGCAGAAUCCAAGAGCGGAAACUUAAAAUCAUUUUAAAAGCCUCAUUUUAAAUAAUUGAGAUUUCUCCAAUUGUCUGCAACAGUUGGUUCUCAUCAAAGGCUUGCAUACAAGGGAAAAUAUUUUAAUGUGAUGUAUCUUUCAUAUUCAUAUUAUUAAGCAUAAAAGAUAAAUAAAAUCAGCCCUCUUGGAGUGAUUAGCGGCAAAGUUGAAUUAGUGCCUGUUUCUGUGUAGGUUCCCUUUUUUUCUAAAUAGUCUUGAGAUAUAGAAGUCACAAUAAACAAGGAAAAACGUUUGAUUGCACUGCACCCCUUGAAGCUAUUGGCACCAAUAAGCUCUUGUACCCUAAGAACUGAUUGUUGGACCUAUCUGUGAACCAAUUUUUGAUUGAUUCCAUUUAUUACUUCUUAAGAUAAAGCAGUCAGAAGUAGCUAGAAAAUGAUUCAAUCCCCCCCCCCCCAACCCCUUUUGAGAUAUUGACACAAAAAUUGAAUCAGUAGAUGUACCGAUUAAGAUCUACUUGAGGACCUUUUUUUUUAUUCUGCCUAUUUCAUCCUGAUGUAUAGCACUCACAUAUAACAAAUAAAAUGUUCGAUAACCCCCCCCCCCCAGAGGGAUUAGCGGCAAAAUCUAAUGGGCACCAAUUUACAUCGGCGUACAUAUGUGCAUCAAAUUUCGUUUGAUUUCAUGCAGUAGUUUUUGCUCUAGAGUGACCAGAGAAAAAAACAUUCGCACACAAUUUGCAAAAAUGGUCAAAAUGGACUCAACACACCUCAAAACGUUCAAAUCUAUCGAAAUCGAAACUCCAAAAUUUUCACAAUUCAAUACUUUCUUGAAUAUAUUAAAUUAUUAGAGGAAAGUAAAAAAUGUUGGGCACCCACUGAUUCAUAUUAUUUCAGAUGUAUAUUUGUUGCCCAGAUAAUUUUACAAUUUUUACCUGUGUAUUUUUUUUAUACUUAGAAUUCUGUGUAAAUAAAAUAUUAUGUCUGC